AUGUCGAAUGAGAGCAACUGCACGCUUUGCUAUCAAGAAACCAUUUUGAAGUGUGAUCGAAAUCUAGUUGAAGGAUCUGGCGUUUUUAAUCCAAAAGAAGAAAUUUUGAGCCUUGAUUUUCAGUUUUUGGUUCCAUUAUCGAAAUAUAUUUGUAGAAACUGCGUAGAUAUAUUGAAGAAACGGAAAAAAUUGAAAGAAAGCCUAGACGAAGUGAAUCAAAAAGUUCUAUCAAGAUACAGGAAAGUUGCAGAUGCAAUCGGCCUUGGCUCAGAAGACCUUCCAGGUUCAGACCGACCAUCAAAGAUAAGAAGGACAUUGUUGUUUGAGGAUCAAGGUAAAUCCUGUCCGUCAUACGAAGUGGAUCAUUCGAAUUCCAAGCCUGAUUCAGAGGUGACAGGCUUGGGCUCCGCGUCACUCUUCUCACCGAUAAUUUGUUCGACUCCGCGUCACUCUGACAAAUGGUCUACAAAACGUUCCCGAUUUCCUUAUAAUGACCAGUGUGAGAGCAAAGUUGUGCCUUCGGUUGUUAUAUCCGUUGAUUGGGCCUCUGGAAUGAAGACAAAGUCGUUGGCAAGCGAUCUCAUUCCACUUGGAAAAUCAUUGAUCAAGGGGACCUACAGGCAAAUCGCUGUUGCUGCAUGGAAAAGUCCUGGCCUUAGGAGAGGCAUUAUUGAAAUUGUGAAGAGGGAAAUAAACAAAGAGUGUUGCUUAUUGUGCUCAUCAAAAAACCCCAGUAUCCUCAGAAAGACAAGAAAAGAUGAUCUGCUAGAAUUCUCUUGGAAGAACCUUGAAAAUGAGCUCGAGGAAAAAUCCCCAACUCUCCAAACUAUUCUUAAGAGUGCAUCUUUUCCUUUAGAUAAUGAAGCAAAAUUGAUUGAAGGAGGAAAAGAAUGUCAAAAGGAGAUAAAAUGGCUUCCAGCAACUUGUAUGGCAGCUGCAGUUCUUCUUAAGAAUAAUUAA